AUGGGCACGGCAACAGCGGCGAGGAGAGGGAGACAGCAACAGCACUGGCUAAAGGGAACAGAAGAUAGGAAGGAGUGGAAGGAGCUGGUGGCAAUCACGGGUGAAGGUGAGGGAGGUGAACUGAUGGUUGAUGAAGGAAAAGAGAAAGAUGGUGCUGGUAAUGAGGAUGGGAGAAGAAGAGGCAGAGGAGGAAAAGGAAGGAAGCUGGAGGUUACGGUGAUGGUGGGAUGUCGAUGGGCUGGUGUUGGUGUUGGUGGUCGGGAAGGAACAGAGAAGAGAGAGAAGGUGAGACCGAGAGAAGGAAGGAGACGGCAAUGGAUGAGAAUGGUGAUUGAUGUAGAGGGUCGUGUGAUGGUGGAGGCAGAUGAUGGUGAUGAAGAUGGAGACGAUGGAGACGAGAAUGAGGAGGAUGCUGUUGUCUGCUACUUCUAUUUUCAGCCAAGAGAUAGCAGGAGAAACAGAGGGGAGAGAGAGACGGAAAGAGAAAGAGAGAAGAAAGGGCCAGUUGAUGAGGAAGAUCAUGAGAGAGUCGUCUACCUCUGUCUGUCUGUGUUGCGUGAGGAUGAAGAAAAAGCGGAGGAGGAGGAUGGUGCUGGCGAUGGUACUGCAGGCGAGGGAGGGGAAGAGUGA